AUGGUGAGGAUCCGCAAGCAGCUAGAGGCACCAUACGAACGAGGGGACCAACUCUACGGGAUGUCUGAGGGCAGACACCAAAACAGGACGGCCGAAUGUGAGGAAAUUACGACUCGUAUCUUUACGUCUUACACAUUCACGUAUUAUACCACGUCGUUUCUUACACCGGCGUACCCGCCGCCGCCGCCACCACCGGUGUACCCGAUGCCGCCGCCGCCGCCGCCGACGUACGCAACACCGGUGUACCCGACACCGGCGUACGCGACAGCGGUGUACCCGACACCGUACUCGCAGCCGACGUACUCGCAGCCGGCGUACUCGCAGCCGACGUACUCGCAGCCGGCGUACUCGCAGCCGGCGUACUCGCAGCCGGCGUACUCGCAGCCGACGUGUAUAGAUCUGAGGAAAGGCAACUACGCUGAGCGCGUCGGCGCCGGUGCGCCGGUCUAUCUCGCCGCCGUCAUGGAAUAUCUGGCGGCUGAAGUCCUCGAGUUGGCUGGAAACGCAGCCAGGGACAACAAAAAGACUAGGAUAAUCCCGCGCCACUUGCAGUUAGCCAUCUGUAACGACGAGGAACUGAACAAACUGCUGUCCGGAGUAGAACUUACGAUACGUGUUUUAAGAUUCACGUGUCACAUACACGACUACAUGUGUACACGUUCACAUACACGACUACACGUGUACACGUGUCACAUACAUACACGGAUACACGG